AGCACCAGAUCCAAGAUGGCGACCAGCAGGAGGCUGAUGAAGGACAACCCUCUAUAUGAUAAGGGAGCCUUCAGAAUUGAAAUCAACUUUCCAGCAGAGUAUCCAUUCAAACCACCCAAGAUCACAUUUAAAACAAAGAUCUACCACCCUAACAUUGAUGAGAAGGGGCAGGUCUGUCUGCCAGUCAUUAGUGCUGAAAACUGGAAGCCAGCCACCAAGACUGACCAAGUAAUCCAGUCCCUCACAGCACUGGCGAAUGACCCCCAGCCUGAGCACCCACUCCGGGCUGGCCUAGCUGAAGAAUACUCUAAACCGUAAAAAAUUCUGUAAGAAUGUGGAAGAGUUUACAAAGAAAUAUGGGGAAAAGCGACCUGUGGACUAAAAUCUGCCAGGAGUGAUUCCAGCAAGUUUGAGCAGAGACCCCGAGCAGUGCAUUCAGACACCCCGCAAAGCAGGACUCUGUGGAAGUUGACACAUGCCACCAACUGGCGUCCACUUGUGGCAGUUACUAACUUUCUACAGUUUUCUUAAUCAAAAGUGGUCUAGGUAACCUGUAAAGAAGGAUUAAAAAAUUCAGAUGUUCUAAAAAAAAAAAAAA